AUGAAUUAGACUCUUGAGUAUAAAACCUAAAGGUUGCACUGUAUUGGCCUCAUUCUCAUGGAUUUGCUCAAAACAAAUAAAUAUACUUAAAUAAAUUUAUAAAAACACCAAAAAAAUGUAUUUCCUCGUUUGUUUCGCUGCAUUUAUUGCCUCAACCACUAGUGCUUUGACCGGAGGGAGUGCAGCCUGCAGCAUUAGCGAUGGCUACGUACCAGUAGAUGGUGUGUGCGACUCCUACAUUGAAUGCAAUGAAUACUCUGCGACAGAGAGGCUGUGUCCGGAUGGACUCUACUUUAACGUCAAUGUAACCUGGCCUGAAGACCCCUGCGGGUUCCCUACCGACGUACAUUGCGAAGGACGCACCCAGCCAGCUAAACCGACUAUGGGAUGCGAGCAUGAAUACGGCUUCUACCCGUCUUCGGCAGUGAAUCCCAACGACUGUGGGCAAUAUCACAUGUGUGUUGGAGGCCGUGCCUUGGAAAUGUUCUGCCCGACAGGCUUGGCUUUCAACCCUACUAUCAGCCGUUGCGACUGGCCCGAAAACGUAGCUUCAUGCAACCUUGAAACUUUCCUUGGCUUCAAAUGCCCUGCUGCAGAACUGGACAGAAAUGGCAAGCCCAUUGUGACGAACCACAAGUACGAGGAAAGGUGCUACGAGUUCUACUCUUGCGUGAAUGGCAAUGCUCGGCUCCUCUCCUGCGAUCCUGGCUUCGCGUUCGACGCCUAUCUUUCCCGUUGCGUAGAAGCUGACCGCGUCGAUUGCGUUCACUAAUAAUAAAAUAAUUAUUCCUGUUAUUUUAUUUUAUAAACUUUUUUUUAAAUAUGGUAAUAAUGAGGUAAUA